UUGCUCGUGGAGGAGUGCAAGAGUUAAAAGAAGUCAGAUUUCAUGGGUCUUCUAGGAACCAUUGCCAGGCAUCUCGAUGCACUUAUUGGCCCAGGGGUGAUGCUACUAUAUCCUCUAUAUGCAUCGAUGCGUGCCAUUGAGAGCCCUUCUACACUAGAUGACCAACAAUGGCUGACGUAUUGGAUGUUGUAUUCGUUCAUCACACUUUUCGAACUCUCUUGCUGGAAAGUUCUUCAAUGGUUUCCUCUUUGGCCUUACAUGAAACUUGUGUUCUGCCUCUGGUUGGUGCUACCAAUCUUUAAUGGAGCUGCCUACAUCUAUGAAAAUUUUGUGCGAAAAUACGUCAAGAUUGGGAGUUAUGUGAGCCCAACUUACACAGAAGAGCAGAGAAAGGUGCUGCAGAUGAUGAGCCUUGAUGCUAGAAAGUCGGUGGAACAAUACAUUGAAAAUUAUGGAUCAGAAGCUUUUGCAAGGGUCAUCAAAGCGGCUGCAAAGGAAGCCAAGAAACACUAGGCAAGAUGAUGGAAACGGAUGCUCUUCCACUCCAACUGUCUUUUGUCAACAUAAAAGAACACUAUACAAUGUAUGAUGAAGCUAUUCAAAUGUUACGCCAGCUGCAAUGAGUGGCUUGUUUAAGAGUCUAUAAAUAAGAGCUGGGCUUGUGAUUGUGCACAAGAACAUUGGGUCAGGUUGUAUUAUUCUUGUUGAUGAAGAUUUAAGAAGAACAUGAAUCAAAUAUUUGUAACUUC